AAAGAUAAUUUUAUUUUCAAAUUUGCAUUGCAAUGGCGAAAAAAGGUGGAGUUCAACAAUUACAAGUCGAAAUAAAUACAGACGAAGAGCUGACAAAGUUUCUCGACAAAGAUGGGCUAAUAAUCAUGGAUGUGUACACCGAAUGGUGUGGCCCGUGCAUAGCAAUGGUUGGUAGUUUGAAAAAAAUUAAACUUGAGAAAGGUGGUGAUGAUCUGCAGUUAGCUGUGGUGAAAUGUGACCACAUUGAAACUCUUAAAAGGUUUCGAAAUAAGUGCGAACCAACCUGGCUAUUUGUUUCAAAACAGAAAAUUGUAAAUUGCGCCUUCGGAUCGAAUGUACCAAAACUGAUGUCAAUGAUUGCCGACGAACUAGAAAUAGAGCGGAAAUGUCGUGAUGGACAAGCUGAACGCAUUUAUUACGAACUAACGGAAAUGUGUUCCGUUGAACUGGAAAGAUUUAAUGCCAAAAAGGCUAAAGACGAGGAAAUUGAUAAAAUAGAAAAAGAAGCAGCAGAAGCGAAGCGUCGCGCCUACAUCACUUUCGUUACCGACGAAAUUAUGAAACAUGGUGGUGAUAUGGGGGUGACCAUUUAUAUGCCACAUCUUAUUACGCGCGACCUAUUCAAACGAAUGACCGAACAAGGAGAUAAAUUUGGCCUACAAGCAAAGGACAAGAAGAAUGCCUUGAUCACUGACGAUGAGUUGGAAGUUUUGCAUUUUGAGAUUGAUAACCCGUUGCCACCUUAUGUGCUCAAACUUCUGAAGAAAAAGGAAGCAUUCAUGAUUUGUUGGAAGACUGGAGAGUUUGAGGAACGUCCAAUUACAACAAUUUUACUUGAAAUGACACAACUUCUUGCUGAAGAUCAACCGGUUCCCGAUGACGAAAAUGCUAAAAGGCCAGCGCUAUUAAAACAUCAUUCGAUAGUUUUGACGGAGGAAGAAUUGAAAGAGUUGGGUAUGACAGACCUUGCUACAGACAAUAUGAUCAAUUGUGAAAUUACUGAAGAGGAAGAGUUUGACGCUGACGCGGGAUGCGAAGAUGCAGUAGACAAUAAUACAAUUGAGAAAGAAUUAGACGAUGAAGUGUGUAGUCAUGAGCCGGAUCUGAAUGACGAGACAAAUGCUGAAGCAUUGGAUGAGACAGAUGAUGGUAGCAAGGACAAGGAACUCGAAAAUGUUGACAAUAAUGAGCAAGUUGAAAAUAAUGCAGUUGAGGAUGAUGAUAAGAAAACUAAGGGCGAAACUGAAAAUGAACCAAAUGAUAACGAAGCAAAUGAAGAUGAAGGAAAGGCCAACGAAGCGAAUGGAAACGAACCAAACGAAAGUGAGGCAAAUGUAAAUGAAAACAUUGAAAGCACAGUAGAAACGUCGAACGAAGACACAACAGCAAAAAGCAUUGAGAAUCCGAAUGUCAAAGAGAAGCCUAAAAAAAUCACCAGACCAAUCAGCGGUCACAAAUUCAAGAUACCAGGUAUGUGGACACCCAAGAACCCCAGAGCUAAUGCGGCUUUCGUUUACAUCUAUUUUCGUCAUUUGACUGAAACUUUCCUCCCACCCGAUCCUAUUCCUGUGCCUCCCCAUGUUGCAGUUGCAUUUGAUGCUUAUAAGCGAGCAGAGAUCAUGGAAAUUAUUGAACAGCACGCUGACGCAAUAUUGGCUUAUGGCUACUUCAGCUCAGACGAUAUUCCGAAUGCAACGUUGAUCGCUAAUUCGACAUUCAAAUACAAUUUGGAAACUCCGACGAUCAAUGACAAACUCAUCAUUAAAGUAGCGAAGAAAAUUGGUAACACGCUAGCCAGCCUAAUCGACAUGACUCCCUGUCAUGUGAGUCAAAAUUCUGAAAUUGGAUAUGAGGAAUGUCUAAUUCUGUUCCCAGCUGGUUAUAAAAAUGCAUCUGAAACUGGUGUGGAGCCAAAAGAACCGGAGGAAGAGGUUGAAGUAACGAAGAAAAAGCGUAAGAAGAAUAAGAAAAACAAGGAAGAAGAAAAAGGAGAAGAAGAAUCCAGGGAAGCGAAUGCUGAAGAUGGAAUCGACGACGAUGGAGAUGAUGACGACGAAGAUGAUGAAAGUGAGUUGGAAGAUGAAAAUGUUGAGUGCACCGAAUGAAUGUAGAUAACGUACUUGUCCUAAGUGUUUUUUUGUGUCUGUCUAAGCACAACAACGUGUGUAGGUUCGAGAUACGUAACAUUGGAGCUAUUAGAAGUUGAAAAU